CGUUUGUUGGAUACAACAGUUGGGUUUCCACCUCGACCGGGAAAAGUCGGGCAAAUUUAAAGCGCUCCUCUGUAAUUCACAUUUUUAAAAAACACUGAGUCCAACAAACCGUUGUUUAUUGGCAGUUCUCAGGUUUUUACGAAAAAGGUGAACAUUGAAUUUAGAAUGCGAAAACAAGUGCGGGCAAAAAGAUAUUGAUACAAAUUGAAUAAGUGCUAAAAAUCAUUUCAGAAACAUAAGUUGGAAACUGUGAAAAAAACAUGACGAAAUGUUGUUGUUGAAAACGAGAAAUAAAUACAAGUGAUUCAAAGAAUAGAAAAUAAACGAAACAACGAAAAUAAAAGAGAAAUUACACAUCUGAUCUAUACGAAAAGAAAAGUUCUGUGCAGCAAAAUACGAAAGCGAAAUUCCAUUUGGUGUCUAUGGAAUCUCAGAUGGUGUUGUGAAAUCAAAAAAUAAAGAAACCCCAAAGCUACAGAUACUCUCUUCACGAGCAGCAGCUGCAAACGCAUCUAAGAAGCGUGGAAUCGGCGGGACAUUUUGCAUGAAACUUGCAGCAAAACAAGAAUCACCCUGCAUGGCUAUACGACAAUGUCCAAUGCUCGCGAGCUGGCAUUGAUCGAGAAAUGGGCUGACAUUGCAACGCCGGCGACGCCGAAUCGGCCAACACUAUCGCCAACAUCGCCGCCAGCACUCCACCGAUCCAUCGUGAAGUUCUGCUGCUGUCCGCAGCGGAGGCGCUACGAUCUGAAGCAGGCCAAGAGCCACGGGGGCAGCAACAAGUCGAAUGUGAACACGCUGCAUGCCAGAAAUAUAUUCGUCGAUAGCGAUUUCAGCUAUAUUGAUGAUGUGCCGCGGCGACGCCGAGAUUGCCACAGCGAUUACGACGAUUGCAACUACGACUACGACUGUGGCGGCGAUAAAGCAGAUGAUGAGGCCAAUGAUAUCGCUGCCGCUCCAAGAGACGACGGAAAUGUGGCGCUGAUAUUAAUGAAUCAACGAAAUCUUUCCGAACAAUGGCGGCAGGACAACAAAGGCAGCAGCAGCAGCAGCAGCAGCAACAAAGCAGCAACUAAAACUUGCGCUGUCACAAAGAGCCCGCCAAGUGGCAAUGAGCAAGAGCAACACCAGCAGCAACAGCAGCAACAACAGCGACAACCAACCCAAAGACUAAGCAAUAGCUUGCAACAGCAGCAGCAACAAUUGCAACAGCAGCAGCAACAGCAACAUAGCAAUAAGGAAAAUACACUAAGCUACGACAACAACAACAAGCCGCACUGUAAUUAUUGUAAAUUACCCGACACCGCCGAUCCCCAAACGAACAGCAACAGCAACUCGAAAAUUGAUUCACCGAAGUCGUCGCAGAAUAAAAUGACAAUUACGACAGCGACAGACACAGAAACAGCAACUGCAACAGGCGAGUGUGGGCUGCCGGCAGCAGCAGCAGCAACAGCCGCAGCAGCAACAUCCGAAGAGUUUGUGGGUGCUGCCACAGAAGUGCUGUGCAGCGAUAAAGCCACAUUGACAGCGGCCACACCAGCAACGGCAACUGCGGCAACUGCGGCAACUGCAACACCUAAGCCCCGCGUUGCAGCGCGUCCGACCACGCCCAGCCGCCUUAAGACUGUGAUCAAGACGACAAUGGUGAAGCGAAGUCCUAGCCAUGACUCAACGGCAACAGCAGCACAUGUGUUGCUGCCACACAGCUGCAGCAGCAGCAGCGGCAGCAACAGCGGAGCCCAUGACGAGCCCAGACGUUCGGUUAGGGAGCGCAUCGCCGCCUUUGCGGCAGGAAGUGAGCAACAGCAGGCAGCGCGGCAACAUGACAAAGUCAAGAAGUUAGCUAAAGUGCAGUGCAAUAGCAAUACAAAUCAAAACAACAUGACAGGGGAAGAUGUGAAAAGUGCAAUUAGCAGCAGCAACAGCAGCAGCAACCCACAGCAGCAGCAGCAACAUCAAACGCUUAUCAACGGCCAGGCGGCGACUGUGCCGCCAGCAACAGCAGCAGCAACAGCAGCAGCAGCAACAGGAGGAGUUGCAGCAGCAACAUCUGGCCGCACGUCAGCAAUCGCCGCUGACACGACGCGCUACAAAUCGGGAUUAAGUGAUGUGGCGGCCAACGGAGACGUUGAUGGUCGGCCGACUUCAUCUGCCACCACAUCUGUUGUGGCAACUGCCGCUCCGAGCGUUUUUAGCACCGGUUGUGCAACCAUGCCGCGAACUCGCCAAUACGGAAGCAAUGUUGCCGCUGCACUUGCAACAGGAGCAACAUCGGCCACAUCGGCAACGGGUGCAACAUCGCCAGGCAGCCACACCAUGACAGCUGAUAAGAAAUUCUUAAGCCAGGCGGCGCCCGUUCAGGGGCAUCAUCAUCAUAAGCUGCAAUUUGCCGAUAAGGCCGACUCCGAAUUGGCCGCACUGGACAACCUGGACCUGGCUCACAGCCUGGAUUUAUUGGACGUCGAUGGCGAGGAUCCGUACGGAGCUUUGCAGGAGUAUCUGGAGCGUGUCAAGCGGGAAAUCAACGAGGUCUUCGAGCUGCGCAAGGUCCAGCGCUUGGAGCAGCAGCUCCGUGAGCAGCUGGAGGAGCGGCUAUCGCAGGCAGGAGUCCAGCAGCUUGAUGAAUUGUCUCGUUCCACGGAAUCAGAUAGCGGCUUUGACAGCAGCAGCACCACAGCCACCACAGCCACAUCGGGCACACCAGCAGCAGCAGCAGCAGGAGCAGUCACAUCAGGAAAGCCAGUGACAACUAAACUAAGGGCACUGCCCCCGCCGCCCCUCAGUCCCAGCAAGACCACGACGAACUCCAUGCCCACUCCACCUGUCCAGGCGGACGAUGUUAACAUUUGGGCCUGCAAGUUCCUACGUGAUCUGGACAGUCUGAUGGCCGCCGGCGAUAAGCUUCCCCCGCAUCUGGCGGCCCUGGCCGCAGGAUCCGGUUCCGGUUCUGCCAGCAGCUCGCCCACCUCCAGGACGGCGCCCAUCCUCCUGUCCGCAGCUGCCUCGGCGGCCAUCCAGAGUCGCCUUGGCAAGGGCUCAUCCUCCAUCUUGGAGCAUCAACUGCAGCAGCAGCAGCAGCAGAACGGACUCGUCUUGAAACCAGAGAAGCACGCCACCAUUCCAUUGCAAUCGUUUUACCUUGAUUGCGGACGCAACGAGCCAUCGCCGGCAACCAAAUCGAAUGUUGCCUAUAUGCGCACCCUGUCGGCGCCGAAUGGAGGAUUCGCCAGCGGCGGAGGAGGAGCAGGAGCAGCCGGCGGAUCUGGAGGCGCAGCACUCCCCCCGCAGAGUCAGCGCAAGAGUCUGGCCUGCCCCCCACUUAAUGGCCAAGCGGACACAAUAACGCCGACACCGGCAACUCAUAAGCUGACAAAUUUCCAAAGCGCAUUGAAAAUCGAGGAGCUGGCGGCGGCCAAGGGAACGGCGAUGGCAACAGGUGAAUCGCAACUGGCGACCACCAUCGAGGACUUGAAAUCUAGGCGACAGCGACAACUGAGCGGCGGCGACAUGGACACAAUGCUGGCCUCCCAGCCGAUGUCGAUGCCAAAACGGGUGGGCAUUAAUCAUGCGGCGCUGACGAGCAGAAAUGCCAUAACCCCGCCGCCGGCGUCCGCCUCAUCCGCAACCCAAUCAGCCGCCUCCGUUCACUCGGCCAAAGGCUCCUCCGCCGGCAGCACCGCGCCCGGCUACCUGGUGGAUGUGACCAAAAAAGGAUCCACGUCGACCAUUUGGACCUCGGAGGAGUCCAUUCUGCGCAGCGUUGGCGCCGUCGAUGAAGACAAUAACUCCACUUCGUCUUCCUCGGCCUGCGAAGAGGCGACGGGUGUCCUGAGCUCCGGCAAAUCGGGCAUUUCGCUGGACUCCUCUGGACUGGACAACGACAAUAACGAGAGUGGCAUUGGCACAGCCACGCCGCCAAAGGACAUGUCCCACUACUGGAAGAGCCACCACCAUCAUCAUCAUCACAGGAAGUGCGCCGGAAGUGCCCAGGACAACGAGUCGGUCAGCAUUUUUGAGGCGCUGCGCAAGAUGAAGCUGCAGAAGAGCGGUUCGGUGGCCUCCUCGGACGAUCCUGACGUCCUCGAGGUCCUCAGCCAAUGUGGCAGCGGUGGCGAGACCAAUGAAUCGCAGGAUGACAUGUUGGACGAGGAAAAGGACAAGAUGAGCAAGUCGCAAGAAUAUGACGAGAUGUGGGACUGCGACUGCACGGAUGGCGAUGCCAGCAGUGCCAGUGGUGGCGGAGGUGUCGCCGCCACCCCAGUGGUGCUGCGGCGCAAGUACACUGCACCACCGCCCAUUCUCGUGCCCAGAACCCAGAGGAGUCACUCCCUGGACCACUACCACUCACCGCAACCGCUCGUGCAUCCGCGCAAAGUCCUGCCCAUCCACCACCAUGCCAUCAAGAACAAGGAACGUGGACAACUGUCGCUGGUCCUGAGACAGGAACCAUUCCAGUCGCUUCUGAGUCCUUCGGCCACUGCAGCCAAUCAGUUGCACCACUUUGUGGAGCUGCCUUCGCCCAGCAGUGCCUCGCUGCACAGCGGAUUGGGGGAUUCCGGUGGCAUCCAGGAGCUGUGCACCAAGUCCAACUCGGCGCCGAUGCUGCUCAAGGAGCGCGAAAUGAGUCGGCGAUUCGACAAUUUUGAGGCCCAGCAAUUGACGCUGCGCUAUUCUCGUUCGCAGAGUGAUCGCUAUUUAGCAGAAAUCGAAGCCGUGGAGGCUUGCAAAUGGCUGCGAGCUGCAGGUUUUCCGCAAUAUGCGCAGAUGUACGAAGAUCAUCAGUUCCCGAUCGAUCUGAACAAUGUAGCCAAAGAUCACACCAAUCUCGAGAACGAUCAGCUGCAGUCCCUCUACCGCCGGCUCUGCGUCCUCAAUCGUUGUGCCACCAUGCGGCUGGACCAGUCGCACAAGCCGCAGACACCACAGCAAAAGGAGGAAUCGGACGACGAGAACUUCGCUUUGAGCGAGCACUGGACAUUCCAACCGCACAUUCGCCGCUGGUCGCGGAUCGGGGAGAUGGGCCUGGAGCUGCCGCCUCCGGGACUUUUGAGCCUGAACGUGGAGAAGACGGAGAGCUCGUCGAAGGAGUCGAGUCCGGAUCGCUUCGAAGAAGAUGGUGCUGGCAUCACACUGGUGAUACCGGGCUGCAGCAAGGCAGGUGGAAUCGCCAACGACGGAUCUUCGUUGGGCGAGGGAUCAGAUAGCGGUCGCUUGAGGAGAAGUGGCAGCGAAAGGAUCAAGGAUCAGGCCAAGGCCUUGCUGAGACGGGUGGAGUCCAUCAAGUCGCGCCGUCGUAAGCGUCAGAACCGCGAAAACGUCGUCAUCAGUGGACCUACAGUACUGGACCUUUCGCAGUUCAGCCAGAGGAGCAGCUUGCGCAAGCCGGAUGCCGUCUAUUCCACCCCGCCCUCGCCGUCGGCCCUGAGCCCCAUGCACACAUUCCCCAAGGCGCCGUUCUUCGGCAACGACCUCAAAGUGCCCAGUCACAGUGACAAUUUCCUGAGUCCCAAUCGCUCCAGUCCCAAGAGGACGCCGACUACUCCGCGCUCGAUGCGCACCAGUCCGCUGCACUUCUUCUCCAGUCCCAUGUCGCAACUGAAGGAGGGCAAGUCCGAUGACUCCUCGUCGUACUACAGCGACAGCCAGGAAUCGUCCACGGGGGGCAAACUAUCCCUGCGAAAGCCCUCGAAGGCUCGAAGAUUCCUGCAGCGCACGGGAAAGGUCGAUGAUAUAGGCGCCCAUUCCGAUUCGGAGUGUCAUCAGGGACGCAAGCUCCUCAUAAAGGAUGCCAACUCCAAUACCACAGAGGUGAAGGUGAAGAAACUGACUCGCGGAGGAUCACUGAAUUUGGGCAAGGACCCCAAGAAACGCGACGGCUUCCGGUCGUCAUCCUUCCGGUCACGCAGCACCUCACGCAAGGAGGCCAAGAACGAUGAGGAUCCUGCUGGCGGAGCCUCAAAUGGUGGAUCCAAGCGACAGCCCGUGGUUCGUUGGCACAGUUUCCAGAUGGAGGAGCGCCCCAAUAUGAUAUUCCGCAAGUGCUUCUCCAAGAAAAUCGAGCCCCUGCAGGAAGAUGCCGGCGGAAUGCCAUUUGCCGCCAUGUCGGCGGGUCAGCUGCAAAUAAUCCGUAAGCUGGCACUGGUCACUCUGACCGGACACAUGGAGCGGUACUGUCCAUCCCAUCGCUCGGGCUGGAACUGGGAACUGCCCAAGUUCAUCAAGAAGAUAAAGAUGCCGGACUACAAGGACAAGAAAGUAUUUGGAGUGCCGCUGCUAAUGAUCCUCCAGCGCAGUGGACAGACCCUUCCCAUGGCCGUGCGAGCCGCCUUCCGCUGGCUCCAGUUGAACGCCCUCGACCAGGUGGGAAUUUUCCGGAAGAGCGGUGGAAAGUCGCGCAUCAUAAAGCUGCGCGAGCAAAUUGAAGUCACCGAUUCCACUGCCGAGUGCAUGGAUGUCUUUGAUCUGCAACAGGCCUACGAUGUGGCCGACAUGCUGAAACAGUAUUUCCGCGAGUUGCCCGAAUCUCUGCUGACCACCAAGAUGUCCGAGACCUUCGUGGCCAUCUUUCAACAUCUGCCGGCUGAAGUGCGACUGGACGCAGUGCAAUGUGCCGUGCUGCUGCUGCCCGAUGAGAACCGGGAAAUCCUGUACGUACUGCUCGAGUUCCUGACCAUUGUGGCGGCCAACUCGCAGCAGAACCAGAUGACCAGCAACAAUCUGGGCGUGUGCCUGGCCCAAUCCAUUUUCCACUCCUCCAUUUCGACGGGCUCCGCCUCCGUAUCCGCCUCGCCGCGUCGCAAGGGCAAGGGAUCCGGAAUGCCGGACAUGAAGGAGCUGGCGGAGGCGAAGGCCUCCCACGAGUGCCUCUCCUUCAUGAUCGAGCACUACAAGCAGAUCUACACGGCGGCCAAGGAGAAGCUGAGCAAGUGCAACUUCAGCUACAUGGAGGAGUCGAAGCCACUUCCUUUGGAGGCUCUGGGCGAGGGAAUGCAGUUCCACAACUGGCGGGGAUACCUGUACGAGUGCACCAGUGCCACCAUCAAGGAGGGUCGCGAAAAAACCCGCGGCUGGUUUAGCAUCAAUUCCCUGAACGACAGCAGUGUGGACAUUGCCUACAAAAAGGUGGGCGAUGGUCAUCCGCUGCGACUGUGGCGCUGCUCCACGGAGAUCGAGGGGCCACCCAAGGAGGUCCUCGAGUUUGUGAUCAAGCAGCGAGCCUCCUGGGACACGAAUUUGCUGCAAUGUCAGACGGUCAAGAAGCUGGACGACCGCACUGAGAUCUACCAGUAUGCUCUGGACGGCCAGCUGACCACGGACUUUUGUGUGCUGCGCUCCUGGCAAACAGACUUGCCGCGCGGUGCCUGCGUCAUAGUGGAGACCUCGAUCGACCACGCCAAGGCGAAGCCGCUCUUCGGGGCGGUAAGGGGCGUGGUCCUUGCCUCACGAUAUCUCAUAGAGCCCUGUGGCAGCGGCAGAUCGAGGGUGAUGCACCUGGCUAGAGUGGACGUCAAGGGCAAGACGCCGGAGUGGUACAACAAGAACUACGGACACAUAUGCUCGCACUAUCUGUCGCGCAUUCGGCUGGCCUUCAAGCACGUGGCCGAUGGACCCGAAAGCAAGGUCUAAAGGAGAUAUAAAUGGAAAGGAUAUAACCAUCCUGGCGUUGUCUGUCGCAAAACUGACGCAUUUAUACGUAAUUAUAUGAUAGCUGGAGGAUGAAGUUGAAGUCCCCACUGCGAGCAGCCCAACGAUUACGCGGAAAAAUCCAAUCAAACCCACGGACCACAAACAUGAGCUUGCGUUUCAUCCUGCAAAAUGGGAUGAAGCGGGAUCAGAGAGAAUAUAUUCUUGUAAAUACACUUAGUAGGUUUCUCCAUUUAGUUUUCGAUUAGACGUAACUGCUUAGUUUACUGUAUUAUAUUUAUACGUGGUCCUAACUUAUGCGCAUACGUUUACUGUACGACAAUAGCAAUCUAACAUCCAAAAUACUCAACACACGCAAAUAUCACAAAGUAUAUAUUUAACGAUUUCUCUUGCUAAAGUUUACGUCUACGUUUACGGCACUCCAAAUCUUUAAUGUUAAUUAGUUUGUAGUCUUGGCAAUAUGUUACAGCGUAUAUUCGGGAACACAGAAAACAGCAAAAGCAACCUUAAAAUGUGUAAAGCAAAUUCAACUAGUCAAAUUUUAUAAAUUUAAGCUAAAGUACUAACCUUAAAUACACUCAUCGACAACCACUUUGUCACCCAAUAGUUUUGUCAGCAGAUAUCGAUUGAUUUGGCUUCAGAUGUUGAUUGAUUGACGCCGCAUUACCUGAACACUGAGAUGUACGAUUGUUUCCACUAUGCGGUGUGAAAUCAGAAUGAUUACCACUAUCAUUAGUUUAUGGAUGUGCCCUAAGAUCCCCGAUCAAUAUAUAUAUACUAUACUAUAUAAUAUAGUUUUAUAUGUGUCUAUAAAUACGUUACCACAUAAAUCUAUAAUCGAGUGUACGAGUUACCAAUGAAUGCCGGUGAUGACGAGGAAAUGCUGAUCAGAAACACGGAAACAAACUACCAAUGUGAAGUGUAUAGAAGGGAGCAGUAACUCAAAUAUUCGAUGCAUAAAGGAAAUCGCAAUAAAAGUGCAUAUUAUGGAAAUGCGAAACAUAUAAACCAA